UAAGGGUGGUCAGCGCCCCCCGAGAGAACAAUGUCUCCGGCCAACGUGUCGAACACAGCGAUCCUGUCGGCCCUCCUGAUGCUGGGGGGCCUUGGGGGAGCAGCGGCGUCCGACCCGCAGGUCUAUUGGAAAUCUAUCAACAGUGACAAGACUUUGCCGAGCGGCGCCGGUGGAGGACACACCGCGAGGAGGCAGCCGCACACGCAGGCAACGAGUGAAAUCCGCAGGAGUUUGGACCUCGAGAGCUUCCGCGUACUCUCGACCCCCAGAACCUACAGAAUCAGCCUCCCAAACAUCAUCAAGCUGCACCCGCCCACCGCCACGCCGGCCCACCUGCACGCCAACAUGCCCAUGCGCUUUGGACGGGAAAGCGAUCCGGCUGACGACACCAAUUCGACCCCCAACAUGCCCCAGAGGUUUGGCCGGUCCUGGGGGGGCAUUCAAAGGUGCGCCGAGGGCCCCAAAAUCAUCAGAGAAGCACCGGGCCCAGUGCUGCCUCAGAGAUUUGGGAGAAGCAGUCCAUACAGGAGUCUUCUUAGGACUCUCGUCAAUAAAAAGUUAUUGAACACUGGCUUGUACUGGGAUGAAGACUUUGACUUCACAGCCGGCUCAGAUGAGGUGGAGACGGAAGACAAGUCUUUGAGAGGAUGAAAGAUCAGAAAAGCCAACGGAAGAAAAUAUCAGUGUUUUUACUGUGAAGACAAAGCAUUACA